AUGGAGGGUUCCAACUACCCCCCCUCAUCUUCGAGGAGAGGGUCGAUCGAUAUGAAAGAGUACACGGAGAGUGCAGCGGUCACUGUUGUUGGAGAAGAGGCUUCCAUCAAGAACAGUUCCCAAUCCAUCUCUACAUCGAGCCACAACAACGACUGGGCUUUGCUAUCACGGUUCCAACAACAACAUGAGCGAGAUCUGAGCUCCGGGUUCAAGCGUCAGGAACUGGGUGUCACUUGGCAAAAUCUCAACGUGGAGGUCAUCAGCGCUGAUGCUGCGGUCAACGAGAAUGUGCUGUCGCAAUUCAAUAUCCCCACCCAUAUCAAGGAGUCGCGCAACAAGGCCCCGUUACAAACUAUUCUUCAUAAUAGUCAUGGUUGCGUCAAACCCGGUGAAAUGCUUCUUGUCCUGGGCCGUCCGGGCUCGGGCUGCACCACUUUGUUGAAAAUGCUUGCGAAUAAGCGAGGAGGAUACAAGUCGGUGGAGGGUGAUGUUCGAUUUGGUUCAUUAACCUCCGACGAAGCAAGCAACUACCGCGGCCAGAUUGUCAUCAACACAGAAGAGGAAUUGUUCUUCCCCACUCUGACAGUGGGCCAAACUAUGGACUUUGCGACACGUCUCAAGGUUCCGCUCAACCUCCCUAACGGUGUCGAAUCCCCCGAGGCCUACCGCGAAGAGUCGAAGAAAUUCCUGCUUGAAGCUAUGGGAAUCUCGCAUACCGAGGAUACCAAGGUCGGAAACGAGUAUGUUCGUGGUGUCUCUGGAGGUGAGCGCAAGCGUGUCUCCAUCAUCGAGUGCAUGGCCACUCGUGGAUCCGUUUUCUGCUGGGACAACAGUACGCGAGGACUCGAUGCCAGCACCGCCCUGGAAUGGACCAAGGCGAUUCGUGCCAUGACUGAUACACUCGGUCUCUCGACAAUCGUUACUCUCUACCAAGCUGGUAACGGAAUCUACGACCUCUUUGAUAAGGUUCUGGUUCUUGACGAAGGCGAGCAAGUUUAUUAUGGUCCUCGUGCCGAUGCACGUCCAUUUAUGGAAGAGGCGGGCUUCAUUUGUCGUGAAGGUUCUAAUGUUGCUGAUUUCCUUACUGGUGUCACUGUGCCAACUGAGCGCCGUGUCCGUGAGGGCUAUGAGAACCGCUUCCCUCGAAACAAGGACGCACUUCGCGAAUUUUAUGAGAAAUCCUCCUAUCAUUCUCGAAUGAUCUCUGAAUAUGACUAUCCCAACUCUGAGGUCGCUCAACAGCGUACCCAGGACUUCAAAGAUGGUGUUGCAUUUGAGACUUCUAAGCAGCUCCCUAAAAACAGCCCUUUAACUGUUAGCUUUACCGAGCAGAUCAAAGCCUGUGUUGAGCGUCAGUAUCAGAUUAUUUGGGGAGACAAGGCCACCUUCAUCAUCAAGCAGGUCGCCACUUUGAUGCAGGCCUUGAUCGCUGGAUCUCUCUUCUACAAUGCCCCUGAUACUUCUAGUGGACUCUUUGUCAAGUCCGGUGCCCUUUUCUUCUCCCUGCUUUAUAACAGUUUGCUCGCCAUGUCUGAAGUUACGGAGUCCUUUAGCGGUCGCCCUGUGCUGGUCAAGCAUAAAGGAUUCGCUUACUUCCACCCAGCCGCAUUCUGCCUGGCUCAGAUUGCCGCUGAUAUCCCUGUUCUGCUGUUCCAAAUUAGCAUGUUCUCACUAGUUGUUUACUUCAUGGUUGGCCUGACCAUGUCAGCUGGAGCCUUCUUUACUUACUGGAUUCUGGUGUUUGCGACAACUAUGUCCAUGACUGCCUUUUUCCGAGCCAUUGGUGCUCUCUUCUCGACAUUCGAUGGUGCUUCAAAGGUCUCCGGAUUCAUGAUCUCCGCUCUUAUCAUGUACACUGGUUAUAUGAUCCAGAAGCCUGAAAUGCACCCUUGGCUUGGUUGGAUUUUCUGGAUCGAUCCCCUAGCCUAUGGCUUUGAGGCACUCCUUUCCAAUGAGUUCUUUGGUAAAGAAAUUGCCUGUGUUGGAACCAAUCUCAUUCCCAACGGUCCUGGCUACACAGACUCCCUAUACCAGUCCUGUGCCGGUGUUCCUGGCGCCACCCCCGGUGAUACAUCUGUUACCGGCGUCGACUACCUUGCUUCUCUUUCCUACAGCCACUCACAUCUCUGGAGAAACUUCGGUAUCAACUGGGCCUGGUGGGUUCUCUUUGUGGCUGUCACUAUCAUUGCCACAUCCAAAUGGCAGUCCCCCGGUGAGAGUGGUAACUGCCUUGUUAUCCCUCGCGAGAGGCUUGUCGCACAUAACCGGAUAGCUGGAGGUGAUGAAGAAGCCCAGAUCCAGGAAAAGACUAAGCCUUCCGAGAACGACGCACACGGCUCUGGUGAUAUUGAAACACAGCUCGUUCGGAAUACAUCCGUGUUUACUUGGAAGGACUUGAAAUAUACUGUCAAGACCCCCUCCGGUGAUCGCGUUUUGCUUGACAAUGUUUACGGAUGGGUUAAGCCUGGUAUGCUGGGAGCCCUGAUGGGUUCCUCCGGUGCUGGAAAGACCACGCUGCUCGAUGUCCUGGCUCAGCGCAAGACUGAUGGCACGAUUAACGGCUCCGUCAUGGUCGACGGUCGUGAGUUGCCCGUCUCGUUCCAGCGGUCUGCCGGAUACUGUGAGCAGCUUGAUGUCCUCGAGCCCUUUGCUACUGUCCGUGAAUCUUUGGAGUUCUCUGCUUUACUCCGUCAACCUAGGGAUGUUCCCCGUGAAGAGAAACUGAAAUACGUCGACACAAUCCUGGAUCUGCUCGAGCUGCAUGACCUUGCUAAUACUCUGGUUGGUCGUGUUGGUGCUGGUUUGAGUGUCGAGCAGCGCAAGCGCGUUACCAUCGGUGUCGAGCUUGUAUCGAAGCCCAGUAUCUUGAUCUUCCUGGACGAGCCUACCUCCGGUCUUGAUGGCCAGUCUGCUUACAACACCGUGCGAUUCUUGCGCAAGUUGGCCGAUGUUGGCCAGGCUGUUCUUGUCACCAUCCACCAGCCUUCCGCUCAGUUGUUUGCCGAAUUCGAUACCCUGCUGCUCCUUGCUAAGGGUGGUAAGACUGUCUACUUUGGCGAUAUUGGUGAUAAUGGUCAAACUGUUAAGGAUUACUUCACUCGCUAUGGUGCCCCUUGCCCGGCUAAUACCAACCCUGCUGAACAUAUGAUCGAUGUUGUUUCGGGUCAGCUUAGCCAAGGAAAGGAUUGGAAUCAAGUCUGGCUUGAGUCCCCUGAGCAUCAAAAGUCUUACCAGGAGCUUGAUAAUAUUAUCGCUACUGCCGCAGCUAAUCCUCCCGGAACAUUCGAUGAUGGCCGGGAGUUUGCCACAUCGCUUUUGGAGCAAUGUAAGAUGGUCACCACCCGCAUGAGCACCGCCUUAUUCCGUAACACGGACUACGUCAAUAACAAAAUGGCUUUACAUAUUGGAUCUGCUUUGUUCAAUGGUUUCUCCUUCUGGAUGAUCAGCGACAGCGUUGGCAGCAUGCAGCUCCGUCUGUUCACUAUCUUCAACUUCAUUUUCGUCGCCCCCGGUGUGAUCAACCAGUUACAACCGCUCUUCAUCGAGCGCCGCUCUAUCUACGAGCAGCGUGAGAAGAAGUCCAAGAUGUACUCGUGGGUCGCCUUCGUCACAGCUCUCGUCGUCUCCGAAAUUCCUUACCUCAUCAUCUGCGCCGUACUAUACUUUGUCUGCUGGUACUACACCGUCGGCUUCCCCAAUGACGCCACCAAAGCCGGCCCAACCUUCCUCAUCAUGCUUCUCUACGAGUUCGUCUACACCGGCAUUGGUCAAUUCGUUGCGGCCUACGCUCCCAACGCCACCUUCGCUGCCCUGGUCAAUCCGCUUAUCAUCGGUACCCUGGUUUCCUUCUGCGGUGUCUUGGUGCCGUACGCUGAAAUUCAGGCUUUCUGGCGCUACUGGAUUUACUGGUUGAAUCCCUUCAAUUACCUCAUGGGUGGUUUGCUUGUGUUUGACGUCUGGGAUACCCCUGUAAACUGCAGGGAAUCCGAGUUGGCGGUGUUCAACACUCCCAACGGAACUACUUGCGCCAAGUACUUGGCCGAGUACAUGACCACCAUUGGUGUAAACAUGAACUUGCUCAACCCUGACGCUACGGAGAAAUGCCAGGUUUGCGAAUACUCGCAGGGUAGUGAUUACCUGAUGGAGCUCAACCUGAAGCACUACUACUACGGGUGGCGUGACGUUGGCGUCGUUGCCAUCUUCGCUUGCAGCUCGUAUGCGCUUGUUUAUUUGUUGAUGAAGCUGCGAACCAAGGCCUCCAAGAAGGCUGAAUAA